UUCAUUCAUAUUUGGUCUUCCGGAAGUAUCUCAGGGUCGGGCCAGUCAGUGCCUGCGCGAGCUGACUCGUGGGAUUGAUGCCUUAGAUGAGUAGAAGGUCCUGACUGAUGGCAGUAGCAGAGACAUGGGUGAAAAUCAGCAGUUACAUCAGAUGGGAAAGGAACUGGCAAUGGUGCCAUUACAUGGAUUAUGCAAGAUUGUGUGGCACUGUCAGGCAAUAUUUCAAUGUUCUCUCAGGUUAUAAUGAACAGACUUACUUUGUGAGUACUGAACAAUAAGAUUUCUUCUCUACUGCUUAAUGUACAGAAGUUGCUAUGCGCAAACAACAAACAUUGGACAGGAUAAGUGAGACCAUUCCACAUAUUAAAUGGACUGAUCUUACUGCCACCAAAGAAAGCCAAAUGUCUGUGGGUCAGGAGAGUGAGUUAUCAGAUGAGGGACUCUCAUUGAGGACAGAGUCUAAGGAUAAAGCGACCCCAGAUGUGUUUCUUGUUCCACCACAAGAUCAGACAGAAUUUAUAAAGGAUUACAGCAAGCAGAAAUCGCCAAAAAAUGAAUCAGACUCAGACCAGAUGAGUCUUUUUGAAAACCAGACUGUUGAAGAUAAAUUGGCCCCUUUUCAUGAGAACACAAGGAGUCUACCAACAAACAUGCAGCUGAUACCCAAGAUAGAGUCUGAUAAUGCUACGACAGAAGCUUGUGAGGUAACAACCAAAGCUACAAACAUUGCCAACAUCUCAUCCAGUGAUUUACUAGAGAUUAAGGUUCAAAGACAAUCUAUUUUAAAUAAAGGUUUUCAUAAUGACACACUACUGUCACCUGGUGGAGGCAAUCACACAAGCAAGGAGUCAUGUAUUGAGAAUAAAACACAGGUUGUUCAUGUGGCACAUACAAGAGGGAGUAAACUUAGGAUGGACCUAAAUGCAAACAAAGAAAAAUUUGAAUAUAACAAAGGCUGCAUUGAAGAUUAUAAAACACAAAUUUUAUGUAAUGUAAGAGAGGAGAGACUUGAUAUCGGAAGUAACAUGGCAGUGACAAGUUCUUUGGGACAAUAUGAAGAAGACAUGGUGUUAGAUUUAAGCCUACCAAAAAAGAAAGACCAAAAUAAGGAAAGGAAGUGUGAAUGGGUUGUAGACCCUGAAUAUGAAGGUUCACUUCAUAUGGAAGUUGAUGAAAUCGAGGAGGAGCCUCAACAUGUAGAAGUGGAGCAGGAGGAUGACAAUGAAAUUUGCUGCAUUUCAUCAGUAAGUGACGCUCAUACAUAUCUGCCUCAGCAUUGGGAUGGACAUCUUUCCUCUUCUUCGCUUGAAGCCAUGCCAACUACAUCGUAUCCCAACAUCAUAACCCCAGAUCCGAUGGAUACACUACUUAUAGAUGACCAGGGCAUUCCUUACACACUUACCGCAGAUGGACAAAAAGUUCCGCAAAUUGAUAAUAUACAUGCAGAGGACCUCUCUAAACAAACAGAUCUAAGCCCAGGACAAGCUGAAGAUAAGCCCUCAUUCAUUGCUGAUGUACAGGAUAUUGCAGACUCUAGACUACAGACACUACCCAAUUCACUGUGUCCAAAUAUGUCUAUAGGGCAUGUCUCAGUGGAAACCUCACAAGUUGCCCCAAACCAGGAGCCCAAAUCUCCUCUUGAUAAACCCUCCAUCAUACCUGCCAUAUCUGACUUGGCAUCAGUACCCAUUCAGAUUGUGGCUAAUACUACUGGGUCAAACACUCCCAUUCUUCUUCUUUCUCCAUCUCAGCUUCAGUCUCUUUCCUCACCGGCCUCUAAAGCUAACCCAGGGCUAAUUACCCUUUCCUUACCAGUUCCUCUUAGUCAGAACACUCAGUCCUCCCCCAUGUUCCUAGUUUUGUCAUCUCCUCAGGUGUCCUCAACUCAGAGUUCGUCUUCGCCUGGGCAGUUAUCUCAAAUUUCCUCUUCUUCCACUGCUGCACUUCCCAUAGCAAAUUGUCCACUUGAUUUGGGAUCUACAUUAAGUUCACGCCCGUCACUCAGCACAGUUUCCUCUGCCACAGCUACAGACAUCUCAGGACUGAAUAACCUUUCUAAUCUUCCUGCUAGCCCUACCUCAUCAGCUGCUUCCUCUAGCACUUCCACAGUGACCUCUACAAGUCCAACCAAGCAAUUCAGCACUGAUGCCUACUCCGACACACCAGUGCCCACUUCCUUUCGGGAAGCCCUUCUCAGAUUGGCUGUGUCUGUGGAGAAGAAACAAGAAAACCAGCCUGAGACACAUUCGGUCACUACUCCAUGUUCUGAGGCCACCAAGCCUGAUUCCUCUGCCAUAGUCCAUGAAAGUAAAAAUAAGGAGACAGAGGUAAACUGUGAUGGUGAGACUGAGUCUACCUCGGUAGACCAAACAGACUCAUUAGAUACCACCUCUUCUACAUCACCCAUUCGUCCUGAAUCACCCGGAAUUCUAAUCAGUGACCCAAAGAACCAAGCAUUAGGCCCUCGUCGCAUUCUUUACUGUCAGUACUGUCCGCGGGUCUUCUACUAUCUUUCGGACCUUGAGCGCCAUUCCAUCACACACUCCCAAAGCAAACCCCAUGUAUGUCACCUUUGUGGCAAGGCGUUCAAAAGAUCAAGCCAUCUUGAGCGACACAAACAUAUCCAUACAGGUCAGAGAAACUUUGUGUGCCAGCUUUGCCCAAGGCGUUUUCGUGAAUCAGGGGAACUAAUGAGGCACCAGAGAGUACACACCGGUGAGAAACCCUUCCAGUGCUUAAUAUGCCACAUGCGUUUUGCAGAGCGCAACACACUGCGACGUCACACGAAGCGCAAGCACCAAGGCCAGCAGCUGGAGGCGAUGGACAUGAAGGCAAAGCCAGAAAGUGGAGGGAUUUCUCUUGCUGGUAUACAAGGAGAGCCAGAAGAGAAUGCGGAGUGGUACAGUUCAACAGUUCCUGAAAUGGAGUCUGACAGUGACACAGGGGGAGAAUGAGAACUACAUGGAAGGCAUAUUAUUGUCUAUAUUUCAUUCCAUUAACUCUCGAGACCUUUACUGGUGAUGACUGAACUUGGCAAUAUUCAACUUCAGAUUCAUUCUAAUAAGCUUCAGUUAUUGAGUUAGACCUCUUGAUGAAAUACAUUUGUUUUGAUUCUUUACCUUGAAUAACUUUGAAAUACCUUUAUUUGCUCCUUAUUUAUUGUUCUCAUUUCAGUUUUUCGCAUAUGCAGCAUCAUUCUUCAAGGGUGUGAUGUAGUUACUGUAAAAGACUAAGAAGCUCAUUAUUGUUAUUUAUAAUUUUGUAUUAUGAUCUCUUGAAGUCAAGCAAUUGCCUAGAUUAGCGCAUCAGUAUAUCUCUGCCCAUUAAUGACUAGGCCCACAAGAAAUUUGCAGCCACGAAGCUCCACAGAAUUGGAACAUACAUCAUUCUCAAAGUUCUUCUACACAUCUUCCACUCCUUUCAUUGUGAUACUCCACCUGACCUGCAGAGGACAGUAUGGGGUUUUGUCCUCUUUAAACUUUCAAACUUGCAUUAUACAAAUCUUCUGACCUGGCAUUUCCAAUGUUGUCAUGUACACCUUUUUAUUGGCAUUCUUCAUCAUCUGGUUGUAGAGUUUACAGGUUAACACAUUGUCUUGUUUGCAUAUGUUCUGUAGAAUUCUCCAGAUUCCUUCCAAAAUGCAGAAGAAAAAAAAUAGAUUGCAUCUGGGGUUUUUUCAUGACUGGGCUUUUUAUUUCAGAACAUAUUCAGAUAUUAUGCAUUAUAAAACAUCUUGGCCUGUGUUAAUUUCAGUUUCUCCCUCAUAGCUAUUUUUAGUAUAGUCACCUUCUUAUUUAUCUUUUAAAAUGCUCUGCUUUUUUGUUAUUUAAUAUUGAACUAACUAUUUGGCUUAUUAACCCUUUGCCUUCGUCAAGGGAGGGCCUACUUCAAUUAUUAGAUUGAAAAUAUGCUUUUAUCUGGACAAAGAAGGUUUUACUUCUCUUGAUCGCUUAUCAGCCAGCUGUUACAAAUCAUUGCAGAAAGUUUGAAUUAGAAUUUCAAGUAAAUUUGCACAUACGUACUUUGAGAUGUAAAUUACUUGAAAUAAGUUUUCACUGUCAUAAAUACAAUUGACUGGUGCUGUUGCACAAUUCAAAUUAAUCUUGAUGAUCUAACAUUUCAAGGUUUGAAUUUCUAAUUUAUUAGUUUCUUGAAAUUCAGUUCUCCAAGUUAUGCAGCUUGAAAAAAAGGUUUAAAGGUUCAGACAUUGCUGAUUAAUUCUGUUUAUGUAAUUUGCCAUGUAAAUAACCAAACAUCAUGCACGGACUGGACACCUUGGGCUAAUCUAAAGUUCUUUUCGUUAAAUUUCAGAUUUGAUUAAGAAUCUGAAUAUUUGCACACACUAAUUAAAGCUUGUCAAGCCCUUCUGUUUUCCAGUGGUUCUCAUGCUUAAUUAACCUUGCUUUAGGCUCACGGCAGCACAUGUUCUAUAUGCAGUGGAAGUGUUUCCAGCUGCUGAUUGAUAUCACUAAAUUUGGUUUGCACACUAGUUUACAUAUGACUUCAUUCAUAUACAGAUUGGUUUAGUGUUUUUAUUAAGCUCAUUUUACAGUAGAUUUUAAAAAUAUUCCAUUCCUUCUUACAAAUUAAUGAUGAAUGCUCAGAAUGUGUUUUAGCUAACUAAGAAUAAUCUUGCACCAAUGAGAAUUAUUUAUUUAUGGUGGAAAUGUAUAUAUUUGAAAUGGCGUGCUCUGUCACAGAACACAUAUGUUUAAUACACAAUUUAAAAACAAGACUGCAGAUAUUUAAACAGCCUAAUUUCUGAAACCUGUGUCACGGGAUUUUGAAUAAAAUGAAUCAAAUUCAAAUGCUUCUAAGCAAUCUUUUUCCCCCUUUAUUUUCUUUAUGUUAAAGCUAUUAUGAAAAGUGUAAAAGUGUGUGAAUGAAUGAAUGUCAUUUGU